AUGACGGACUGGACUUUCCCGUACCUAAAUGCUGCUAUUGUUGGACUGCUUGCUUUCUCCUUCUUCAUUGUCCACUUUUUCUUCAAGAAAGAUGCCAAAAAACAUGGUUUGGUACCACCAGAAGCAGGUGGUGCAUGGCCUAUUAUUGGCCACCUUCACCUCUUAGGAAGAGGUCCAGAAAAGCUUCCCCACAUAACCUUGGCAGCCCUGGCCGAUAAAUAUGGACCGGCAUUCACUAUCAGGCUAGGAGUGCAUAAAACCCUUAUUAUAAGCAGCUGGGAACUAGCAAAGGAAAUAUUCACCACCCAUGACUUAGCUGCAGCAGGGCGUCCGAAUUAUUUAGCAGGUAAACUCCUAAAUUAUGACAACGCCGCUUUGGGAUUCGCUCCUUACGGUGCUUAUUGGCGAGAAAUACGUAAGCUAACUGCCACCGAACUACUCUCCACUAAACGCCUUGAGCUCCUCAAGCACCUCAGAGUUUCUGAAACUGAGAUUUCCACAAGAAAUCUUUACAAUCUCUGGAAUUCUUCAACAGGCUCAGGCCCUGUUCUGGUGGAAAUGAAGCAGUGGUUUGCGGACUUAACUCUAAACGUGAUCCUUAGGAUGGUUGUGGGUAAAAGGUUCUUUGGGGCAGUAGAUGUUAGCACGGAGGAAGAAGCAAGGUUGUGCCAAAAUGUGAUGAGGGAAUUCUUUCAUUUAACUGGGCUGUUUGUACUGGCAGACUCUGUUCCUUAUCUGAGAUGGUUGGAUUGGGGAGGGUAUGAAAAGAAAAUGAGAGUAAAUGCUCGAGAGAUGGAUCAGCUAGCCAACCGAUGGUUGAAAGAACAUCGUCAAAAGAAACAGUCAGGGGAGGCCACUAGUGAUCACCGGGACUUCAUGGACGUCAUGCUGUCACUCAAGGAAGCUGCAGCUAUUGCCGCUGUUGGUGGUUACGAUGCUGAUACUAUCACCAAAGCCACUUGCACAAUUUUGAUUUCUGGUGGGAGUGACACCACUUUAGUUGCGCUAAUAUGGACACUGUCUUUGAUAAUGAACAACCCUCAAGUCUUGAAGAAGGCUCAAGAAGAACUAGAUCUGCAGGUUGGCAAGGCGAGGCGAGUUUCAGAGUCAGACAUUAGUAAUUUGGUCUACCUCCAAGCUAUCAUCAAAGAAGCACUACGACUAUAUCCACCUGAGCCAUUGGGGGGCGCUAGAGAAUUGAGGGAAGACUGUAUUGUAGGUGGUUAUCAUAUCCCCAAAGGCACACGAGUAAUCCUGAACAUAAGGAAAAUCCAGCGAGAUCCCAACGUGUGGCAUGAUGAUCCAUUGGAAUUUAGGCCGGAGAGAUUCCUCACCACUCAUAAGCCUAUUGAUGCAAAAGGAUAUCACUUUGAGUUGAUCCCGUUUGGUGGUGGUAGAAGAAUUUGCCCCGGCAUUAAUUUUGGGCUACAGAUGUUACACCUUGUCUUGCCUAAUUUGCUGCAUGCUUUUGAACUGUCAACUCCUUCGAAUGAACCGGUUGACAUGACUGAGAGCGCCGGAUUGUCAAACAUGAAAGCCACUCCGCUCCAACUCCUUGUUGCUCCGCGCCUGCCUCAUCAUCUUUACUAGCAACUCAGCAUGGGAAGAUUCAACCAAUGUUCUCUAGUGCUAGUGCUUGAAAUGUUUAUUGAGGAAUCGAAUAAUGAAAAUGGA